AUGGCUUAUUGUGGCUAUUUGGAAGGAUGUAGGACAUGGAAAUUGAGAAAUUUUUUGGAUAAUCAUGCUUGCAGUAGGCAAUUCAACAUAAAAAUGAUGAAUGUUAAGUGGUUGAGUGAGACAUUAGAUAAUUCACUACAUGAAAAUCCGAAUUUGAAGAUAAAUGAAAUACGCUCAAAAGCUUUGAGGAAAUGGAAUACCAAUGUCACAAUUUCUAAAGCAAAUAGGGAAAAGAUAAUUGCAUCUUACAAAGUUGAAGUGCAGUAUACUUUGCCCACCCCUGCUUGUAGGCCAUUUAUUGGUUUGGAUGAAUGUUUUUUGAAAAGAAAGUAUAAGGGGGAGUUAUUAACAACUAUUGGUAGAGAUCCUAAUGACCAAAUGUUACCUCUGGCAUAUGCAAUAAUGGAAGUAAAGAAUAAAGAUAAUUGGACAUGGUUUUUGGAGUUGUUGAUAGAAGACCUUAGGGGUGCUGAAGUCUACAAUUCAUGCACUUUUAUGUCUGAUCAACAAAAGGGUUUAUUACCAGCUAUAUAUGAACUGUUACCUAGGGCAGAGCACAGAUUUUGCAUGCGACACUUAUAUGCAAAUUUCAGGAAAAAGUUUUCAGGACAAAACUUGAAGAAUCUGAUGUGGAAGGAUGCUACUAAUACAUACCCCCAAGCUUUGGAAAGAGAAAUGUUAAAUAUAAAGGAAGUCAAUCAAGAGGCUUACAAAUACCUAAUUGCUAUCUCGCUAAGUGUGAUUGUUGAUGCACGAGGAAAGCCAAUUAUAACCAUGCUUGAAGAAAUUAAAGUAUAUCUCAUGAAAAGAUGGGCAACCAACAGAAUUAAGAUGUGUAAUAUGGACUUUGAUAUCUGUCCCAAGAUUAGAAAGAGACUUACAAAGGAGUCAAAUUUAUCCAAAAAUUGGAUCCCUAGUUGGUCUGCAGAAAAACUCUAUGAAGUUAGGCAUUUUGCACAGAUUACAAACAAGUUUGUAGUUAACCUGGACAAUCAAGAAUGUUCAUGCAGGAAAUGGCUUAUUAUUGGGAUUCCUUGCUGCCAUGUAACUGCAGCCAUGAAGUUCUUAAAUUUUGAUCCAGAAGAUUAUGUACCCAUUUCCUUCAAACAGUCCACGUACGAUGAAACAUAUGCCUCCAUCAUAUUUCCUGUGAAUGACCACCUGUUAUGGGAAAGAAAAUCCUACCCAAACGUUCUCCCACCAUUGAAGAGAAUAUUACUUGGCAGAUCAAAGAAAAAAAGAAGGUUGGAGCAAUGGGAGCUAAGGAGGGAUGAGACCCAAUGA